UUUGGGGCUGAGCUUUGGUCCCUCUGCUGACAUAACGUAACAACAAAAACAACUCGCAAAUUAACAAAAAUACAAUGAACAAAUGCCUUAAGUGCCAGCCCCACCACCGGCUAUUGCUUACCCAACUAACGCGCUGCUAUGCCGCCGCGGGGCCCGAGAAGUCGGCGCCCAUCAGUGGUAACGGCGGCCUGGCCAACAAGCCCGACCCGCAGGACAUAAAGUGUGACUACAUUGGCCCACCGGAUGCCCAGUCCAACCUGCGGCCCUAUGUGCGUCACUAUGACGACAGCGAGACGACGCUGGCGCGAAACCUGCGGCUCAAACGCAACGAGGUGGAGGCCUGGAAUAUGGACUUCUGGACGCGGCACAACAAGCGCUUCUAUGAGGAAAAGGACGACUUUGUGCGCCUGCACAAGGAGAGCGGCACUGAGGAGGUCUCCGCCGACCAGAUGAGCGAGUUCUAUAAGACGUUCCUGGACAAGAACUGGCGCAUUCACCUGAUGUACAACAUCUCCUGGUACCUCAAGAACUUUGAUAUCCUCACCUUGGCCGCCGGCGUGCAGCUGCAGCGUCUUGUGGCGCGUGCUAAACCACGAUCGUAACUGUAGCAUCGUAGCAUCCUAGCUCGUAGACUUCCCUUUGUUUAAUUGUUAUUAAAGUCUAGAACAUAAAGAAUUCCGGAGUUUAUGGAAGUGGGAUGGGGGGUGGGGUGGGAUUGAAACAUAC